UGCAAUCAUGACGCCCCAAAAAAAAAAGGAAAACGAAAAAAAGGCAUUAAAGCGCAAGCUUUCCGCACAAGCAUGAAGGCGCAAGUUUUCACUGGCUGACAUUCUACGGCUUUAGGGAGCCAUGCUGAAGAUACAUUUUCAAUAUUUGAAGUUUUGCAGGCCUUGAAUUUUUUUAAACCGCAGCUCCGCCGCCAUGGCAAUCCUAUAUUAAUCAUUGACAGGUACAACUAAAUGUUUGUUUUGUCCGUGCCUAUCAGCUGUUUGCUUUUUGUCCCAGACAGAGAAUAUGAUGACUUACGUGUCCAAGAUUCAGUUCAGUGGCAGCAGAACCGUUUCCUUCAGAUGCCUUCUUCACUACUCUACCACUUCAAACACGGCGCAGCUGGAGAAAAACAGUUUUUUGGAAGAAUAUCUGUUAAACUCUCUUGGGUUCUCGAAACAAGAGGCUGUUUCUGCUUUGAAGAAGGUUAAUCGCACAAAGCCCAUCAAAAAAGACCCAAAUUUAGUCGUCAAUUAUUUUGAGAAUUUGGGUCUGAACAAAUACCACAUCAAAAGCAUUGUUUCUUCCUACCCCAAAGUGCUGUUAUGUGAGGUGGACAAAUCCCUCAAACCAAAAAUCAGGUUUCUUCAAGACCUGGGCGUUUCUGGGCCAGCCCUGAUCAAGGUAAUCUUGGCUUGUAAACAACUCAUUUGGGGUAGAGGUUUGGAUGGUCACUUUAAACCCCGCAUUAACUACUUGAGAGAAUUGUUGGGUACUGAUGAGAAGGUAGUUCUAGCUUUGAAGAAAUAUGCUUUGCUGCUUGGUCCUAUUGAGUGCGAAAAAGUGGACAAAAAUGUCCUGUUGUUGCAGAAUUAUGGCUUUUCAAAGGAGAAGAUUGCCGCUUUCAUUGCAAACAAUCCUAGACACAUUUUCUUGACGACCCCUGAACGGAUUGAGGAGAAAUUGCGUCUAGUGGAAAAUUUUUUGGGGAUUCCACGAGAGUCAACCAUGUUCUAUUAUGGGGUUCAGAUACUAUGUGGCAGGCAGAAGUCAACAAUCGACAACAAAUUUGACAUCCUGAGGAGUUAUGGCUGGUCUAAUGUGCAUAUCUUUAAAAUGGUUAGGCGUUUACCUCUAACUUUAACCAUGUCUGGGAAUAGAAUGAGAAAAUCUUUGGAUUAUUUCAUGAAUGAACUUGGAUAUACUCCUGCUUACUUGGCUUCGCGCCCUUUCUUAUUUACUUUGAGUUUGGAAAAACGAGUUAAGCCAAGGAAUGAAGUUUUGAAGAUUCUAAAUGAAAAGAAUAAGAGCACGAGGAAGGGGGACCUUUGUCAAGUUGUGUGCUUGAGAGAAUUGAAGUUUGUGCAGGAUUAUCUUUUACCUUACAAGGAUGAAUUUCCCAACAUGUUUGAGUCCUAUGUCAGAAAUGUUGGUGCACAGCAGAUUGGAACACUAUGAAAUGCUUAAGCUCGUCCCGCGAGACUCAAAGGUACGAAGUUGAUAUGUUACACGAUUGUAGGUACAGAGGUCCACGCAGAUUGGGUUCCAGUAAGCAUACGCAUUGCAGCUCUCCAGCAGCAUUUGGUUUCUUGCCAGUAGUUCCAGCAAUUCGAGCAGCUGCAGCAUUUGCACCAUCUCUAAGCCAGCUCAAUUUUUUUGAAAGGAAAGAUGCUCUAAAGAAGUGUUAUUGUGGUCCUAGCCUUCAGCAUUUCGCCAACAUAAUUUGGACAAGUAAACAUUGACUGAAAGUGUCCGUGUACAUUCUGGCUGCUCUAUUUCUAAUGAUGUGCAUGUCAAAGCUUUGGAUUGUCGCUUUC